AUGGCUGCGCAAGCCAUUACACAGCGGAACGAUACACAUUUGGUCGUGAGGGAUUUUGAGUUAGCUCGUGCUCUGCCUUUUCUCGGAUUGAUCAAUGAUGUUUCGGGCAGCAAAGUAUAUGUUCUGCUGCAGCGCCAGCAGCACAAUAAUUCUGGACUUGUUGACGUGCGCGGAGAAUCGACGCUUCAGGAUAUCGUUAUGGUAGAUGUUCCGCGAAAUUUUCGUUUACUAGAAGAGCUUGAAGAUGGACAGAAAGGCAAAGGUGAUGGCAAUAUAUCAUGGGGGCUUGAAGAUGACGAUGAUAUGACUUUGACACGUUGGACAGGAAUGAUUAUUGGUCCUCCGAGAACUCCAUUUGAAUCCAGAAUAUAUAAUUUACGCAUAGAAUGUGGUCAAAACUAUCCAAAAGAAGCACCAUCUGUACGGUUUACAACGAAAAUCAACCUGAAUGGCGUGAAUCAAGUUAAUGGCAUGGUGGAUAGGCGAUGUGUACCCGUUCUUCGUCAGUGGAAUAGCACAUUUUAUAUCAAAACGAUUCUUGAAGAUAUACGGAAGACAAUGAUGACUGCGAAAGAGAAUAUGAAGUUACCGCAACCCCCAGAGGGUGCCACAUAUUAG